GCUGGUGGCGGAAGUACUAUCGCUGUUUUUCCGGCGGUGCGUCUCCUCGUCGUUUUAAUCAUGGCCAGCGCUGCAGGAAAACAAGCGCCCAAAAUUGUCACCAAAACCUCUGCGGGAGGCACUGGGGCGGCGGGGGCUAGCGGCGGGCCCCCGAUUUUGCCUCUUGCCUCUCCGCUUAUGGGGAAAAAGAAGAAGCCGUUUCUGGGGAUGCCCGCUCCGCUGGGCUACGUCCCCGGUCUGGGCAGAGGUGCAACUGGUUUCACCACUCGAUCUGAUAUUGGUCCUGCCCGUGAUGCCAACGAUCCUGUGGAUGACCGACAUGCACCCCCAGGGAAGAGGACGGUUGGGGACCAAAUGAAAAAGAACCAGGAUGAUGAUGACGAAGAUCUGAACGACACAAACUAUGAUGAGUUUAAUGGAUAUGCUGGUAGCUUGUUCUCCAGUGGGCCGUAUGAGAAAGACGAUGAAGAAGCAGAUGCUAUAUAUGCAGCACUGGACAAGAGGAUGGAUGAAAGACGCAAAGAAAGAAGAGAGCUGAGAGAAAAGGAAGAAAUUGAGAAAUACCGUAUGGAGCGACCUAAAAUCCAGCAGCAGUUCUCAGAUCUAAAGAGAAAGUUGGCAGAGGUAUCAGAGGAGGAGUGGCUGAGCAUCCCUGAGGUGGGCGAUGCCCGGAACAAACGCCAGAGGAAUCCCCGCUACGAGAAACUCACCCCUGUCCCCGACAGCUUCUUCUCCAAACACCUGCAGAGCGGAGAGAACCACACCACUGUUGACCCGCUGCAAGGGCUGGGGGGCCUGAACACACCUUACCCAGGAAGCAUGACCCCGGGCCUGAUGACACCAGGGACCGGAGAGCUGGACAUGAGGAAAAUCGGCCAGGCCAGGAACACACUCAUGGAUAUGAGGCUCAGUCAGGUGUCUGACUCCGUGAGCGGACAGACAGUGGUGGAUCCAAAGGGUUACUUGACUGAUCUCAAUUCCAUGAUCCCUACACAUGGAGGAGAUAUCAGUGACAUCAAGAAAGCUCGUCUGCUUCUGAAAUCAGUGAGGGAGACCAAUCCUCAUCACCCGCCUGCCUGGAUUGCGUCUGCCAGGCUGGAGGAGGUGACGGGCAAACUGCAGGUGGCCAGGAACCUCAUCAUGAAAGGCACAGAGAUGUGUCCUAAGAGUGAGGAUGUAUGGCUGGAGGCAGCUAGACUUCAGCCCGGUGACACGGCGAAAGCCGUGGUGGCCCAGGCUGUCCGCCACCUGCCACAGUCUGUCCGCAUCUACAUCAGAGCUGCAGAGCUGGAGACAGAUGUCAGGGCCAAAAAACGCGUCCUCAGAAAAGCCCUGGAGAAUGUGUCCAAGUCCGUUAGACUGUGGAAGACAGCUGUUGAGCUGGAGGAACCAGAGGAUGCCAGAAUCAUGCUCAGCAGAGCUGUGGAGUGUUGCCCUACUAGUGUGGAGCUGUGGCUGGCACUGGCACGGUUAGAGACUUAUGAGAACGCCCGUCGUGUCCUGAACAAAGCCAGAGAGAACAUCCCCACUGAUCGCCACAUCUGGAUCACUGCUGCCAAGUUGGAGGAGGCCAAUGGCAACACUCAGAUGGUGGACAAGAUCAUUGACCGAGCCAUCACGUCUUUACGUGCCAACGGUGUUGAGAUCAACCGAGAGCAGUGGAUACAGGAUGCAGAGGAGUGUGACAAGGCGGGUAGUGUAGCUACCUGUCAGGCUGUGAUAAGAGCUGUCAUAGGCAUUGGCAUUGAGGAGGAGGACCGUAAACACACCUGGAUGGAGGAUGCAGAUAGUUGUGUGGCCCAUGGAGCGCUGGAAUGUGCCAGGGCCAUCUAUGCCCAUGCAUUGCAAGUCUUUCCCAGUAAAAAAAGUGUCUGGCUUCGAGCUGCCUACUUUGAGAAGAAUCAUGGUACAAGGGAGUCUUUGGAGGCCCUGCUCCAAAGGGCCGUGGCUCACUGUCCCAAGGCAGAGGUCCUGUGGCUGAUGGGAGCCAAGUCAAAGUGGCUGGCUGAGGAUGUGCCUGCAGCCAGAAGUAUCCUCGCUUUGGCCUUCCAGGCUAACCCAAACAGUGAAGAGAUCUGGCUGGCUGCUGUCAAGCUGGAGUCUGAAAAUAAUGAGUAUGAAAGAGCACGUCGACUGCUGGCCAAAGCCCGCAGCAGUGCCCCUACAGCCAGGGUAUUUAUGAAGUCGGUAAAGUUGGAAUGGGUGUUGGGAAACAUAGAAGCUGCCCAGGAGUUGUGCACGGAGGCCCUGAAACACUACGAGGACUUCCCCAAACUUUGGAUGAUGAGAGGCCAGAUAGAAGAGCAGUGCGAAAACAUGGACAAGGCCAGAGAGGCCUACAACCAAGGGUUGAAAAAGUGCCCCCACUCGGUGGCCCUCUGGUUGCUGCUGUCUCGUCUUGAAGAGAGAGUGGGACAACUGACCAGAGCCAGAGCUAUCCUGGAGAAGGCGCGACUCAAGAACCCCCAGAGCCCUGAGCUUUGGUUGGAGUCGGUCAGGUUGGAGUUCCGGGCUGGACUGAAGAACAUCUCCAACACACUGAUGGCCAAAGCCCUACAGGAGUGUCCCAAUUCAGGUAUCCUGUGGGCUGAGGCGGUGUUUUUGGAGCCCAGGCCUCAGAGGAAGACAAAGAGUGUUGAUGCAUUGAAGAAGUGUGAACAUGAUCCCCAUGUUUUGCUCGCUGUAGCCAAGUUGUUCUGGAGUGAGCGCAAAAUCACCAAGGCCAGAGAGUGGUUCCUAAGGACAGUAAAGAUUGAGCCAGACCUGGGAGAUGCUUGGGCCUUUUUCUACAAGUUUGAGCUGCAGCACGGCACAGAGGAACAGCAGGAAGAGGUGCGAAAGCGAUGUGAGAAUGCGGAGCCCCGCCACGGGGAGCUGUGGUGUGCCGAGUCCAAACAUGUCCUGAACUGGCAGAAGAAGACGGGAGAGAUCUUAGCUGAGGUAGCCAGAAAGAUCAAGAACACGUUCUGAGACUGCAGAAUUUUGGACUGAAAACCAUUGGAGGACUCUGGCGGUCACCAGUCUAGCAGGAACCCGCUAUGGACAUGAUCAGCUAAUGGUCUCUUAUCAGGACUUGCUCCUCUGAGGCAGAUUGUCCACACAUUCCCCCCUUGCCUCUUAACCUUGUCCAUGUUUUAUUGCUUUACCAGAUUGAACCACAAUUUGUGUGUUUAAAAAAAAAAAGAAAAUGAUGAUUUGAUGUCAAAGUGGAAACAAAUCUGUGCAGUCACGUGAUGAAUCAUCCUAAUUAAGCGCUUGUUGACUUCACAAAUCUGUAAAUCAGCUUUAAUUUCAUCUUCUGACACCUUUUGUUAUUCAGACCCGGCCAUGACCGCCACCCGUCAUGUGGUGAGAGUGAGUUCUCUGUGAAUUCAAAUGAUAAUCUGUCGCACCAGUAAUGACACAAGUGUGCCGUAGUAAAGGGGUUAAAACGGCAAGUCAGUUAGGAUGAUUUUCUUGAUUUGUGUUCACUUUGACAUUAGCGUUUGUUUUUUUUUUAGUACUGAUUAGCGUCAAAAUUAAAAUUCAAAAUUAAAUUCACAGGUAUUGAGUGAUGUUGUCAGAGAAAUGUUUGUUUAAAACAAAAACCCAAAUGUCUCCAUGUUACUAUUGAGGAAUUUUAUUUUUUUGGUCUUGCAAUACACCCAGAUUUGACUGUGUCUGUUUAGCAGUGUAUAUAAACUCCUUGUCAGGGAUUAUUACAUGAUUUCAUAAUGCUGUAGUAAAGAACUGCUUUUUUUCUUUUUUUAAAAAAAAACUUUGCUUGAAACUUUUGCUUGUUUGCUUGAAAUGUGUUUAAAUACUGUGCAGGCAUCCAAUAAACAGAACACAGUU